AUCUGUCCAAGUUGGAAUCUGCUUUAAAGUUUGGGGGUGCAGCGUUCGUGGCGGCAUUUAUGGCACCUUAUAUUGUUGCGGGGGUUGUGAGUGCCAUUGGGUUUGAAGCAGGCGGAAUUGCAGUGGGAUCUUUUGCGGCUUGGAUUAUGUCACUUUAUAAUGGUGCAGUCACAUCUGGGAGCGUGUGUGCGAUAUUACAAAGCAUAGGGGCUGCAGGUCUUGGUACUGUGGGGACCAUUGCAUCUGGUAUAACUGGAGCUGUUAUGGGUGGGGGUAUUUCGAUGGGUCUUGAAAAAUUCUAUGAAGAAAGCAAACUAUCCGAAUCCGAAGAAAGUUCAUUAGAAGAAUUUCUCAAAAUCAGUCAAUCAAGUCCUUUCUUUGGAAGCAGUACAAUUACAUUUGAUUUCAAUACUCUUAUUCGGCAAAAUGAGGAAUAUGUAGAUAAGUUUUUGGAUGUUUUGAUUGUUGUUGCACCAUUCACGAACUUAAAUAAAUUCAAGGUUAAUAAUUGUGGCAAUAGUUGCCUUCGUGUAUUAGAAAAGUUGAGUAAAACUUAUGGAGAUUCAAGGGUGGACCAUAUUUCCAAUUUUAGAGGUGUUCAAGCUAUUGAUUUAGAUAUUUCAACUUUCGAACAUCCUCAAGUACUUCAAAACAUCAUCAAAGC